UUACGUUGGUUAGCUUCAGUAAGUUACAGCGCGCCUUUGGAACAUGUCGUUCAUAAAUACAGAAUUAAACGCACCAUCACUCAGUUCGACACAUUACAAAAAAAAUUAGUAAUUUAUUGAAAUAAAUUAAUACAGAUGAAAUAAAAACUUAACCUCAAUUUAGACUAAACUAUUCUAUUGAACUCAAUUUAGACAAUAAAUGAAAUUAAACUUAAAAUAAAAGAGCUACCAAUUCAAAAAUUUGAAAAUGGAAGUGGACCGUAUUCUUUACAUUUUCGGAAGUUUUUCACGCAAGAAACAAGACAAAAGAAACUCGUUAGGGCAAGGACAUACUUCGAUAAGUGCAGACAACAGUCCUUUGCGAAGGGAACGUCCAACCAGCCAGUGUUUGAACAUAGCACCCAGGACUUCUGCCUACAGAGAUGAGAGAAAACAAAAAGAAAUACCUAAAGAAUGGGAGUGUGGACUGUGUAAGAAGCAGUUAGUUGAGCCAAGAGUGUUGGGGUGUCUACACAGUUUCUGCACGAGGUGUCUUCAGGGUUUACAUCAGGAAGGAGAAGCUGAGGUCUGGAGCGAGGUAGAUAGAGGGUCAAUCCAACUGGAUCAUGGAGAACAUUCUGGAGGCUCAGCGGGCUCUGGGUACGAGAGCGACCCUCGUAAUUCUGGCUCGGAGGGUAGCUGGGAGAAGUCGCUUAAGUAUGGCAUAUUCACUAGAAAGAUCUCAGGCAAAAGCGUGCAGUUCCUCCUCUGCCCUUCGUGCGGGUACGAGACCCCCCUCCCCCUGGGAGGAGUGUCAGCUUUACCACUCAACUAUAUGCUGGUGAGGAAGAUGGCGGACGAGGAAACGGCUAGCGUGCUGUGUGACUUGUGCAAUACUGAUAUUAAGGCAGAGAGCCGUUGCAACCAAUGCCUGGUCAGCGUCUGCACAGCCUGCGGAGAGGCCCAUCACCGACAGAAAGCUACGGCGAGACAUUCCUUGCAUCCUCUAGACCCGCUCCCAGCUAGAUACUGCAACCAGCAUCCGAGAGCCGAGCUGGCUGUAUAUUGCGCUACAUGUCAGCAGGUAGUGUGCAGGGAUUGCUGCAUCAUCUCCCACUCGGGGCACGCACUCGCGAACGCGUCGCGCUCCGCCGGCGAGCGCGCGCGGCUGCUGCGGGACGCGUGCGAGCGCGCGCGGCGCGUGCCCGACAACGUGCGCGCGGCGACCAGGAACAUGAACGCGCAAGCUUUCGAACAGGACUCUCAAGCCUCCCGCGUAGAAUCCGAAGUCCAAACAUGGGCAGAGGAGUACAGAAGGGCGGUGGACGCCCACAGCCGGUCACUGUGCACAGCCGCAGCAAGAGCGAGAGUCAGAUACCAACAGAGAGUGGACGCGAGGAACAGAGAGCUGGACGACAGAGCCGCGCAGGCCGUGGAGGCGGUGAAGUUUGCGGAAGAGUUGUUAGCAGAAGCCCGAGAAGACGAGCUCCUCUCUCUCAGCGGCUCCGUCCUCCGCCGUUUGGAGAGACUGACAGAACUACAGACAUUAUCAGAAGCCCCUCGACUGGAGCUGAGGUUCGCUGCGACUGCGCCCGCGCAGCACAACUCUACGCUGGUGGGGAGGCUGCUGACGACCGCACCUGAUGCUGAUAAAUGUGUCCUCAAUACUGAAGGCCUUCAAGAUCUUCGUGUAGAUUGUAGACAUGAUGCAGUAUUCGAACUGCGGGACAAUAGCGGAGAAAGAAUUUGGUGUGGAGGUGAACAGGUGGCAGGAUUCUUCCGGCGUCAGGACUCAUCCGCGCGGCCGGACGCGGCGCGCGUGCGCGACCGCGGCGACGGCCGCUACGACAUCUCGCUCACGCCCGCCAGCCCCGGCGCGUAUCUGCUCGCUGUCACUCUUAAUAACAAGCCCAUAAAGGGCAGUCCAUUCCCAUGCGCAGUACGAGUGACCCAACCCCACACGGGGCGAUACCACUGCUGCGCGUUCUGCUCGUCAGGGGGAAAGAGAAACGCGGUCUGCGCGUGCGGCGGCACCAUGCCCGGCGGUUAUAAAGGUUGCGGUCACGGGCACUCGGGCUGGCCGGGCGCGCGGCACUGGUCGUGCUGCGGCAGCACCGCGCGCGCCGCGCCCUGCCGCCCGCCCACACACAGAGACCAACUGUACCAGUUCUCGUUGUGAAUGCUAUAAUACAUGUUUCUUAUUUA